AUGGCCCAUGGUCUCCGAUUCUCCCGCUUUCCAUCACCCCUCCCCAUUCUCCCGCUUUCCAUCACCCCGCCCCAUUCUCCCUCUUUCCAUCACCCCGCCAUUCUCCCUCUUUCUAUCACCCCGCCCCAUUCUCCCGCUUUCCAUCACCCCGCCACAUUCUCCCGCUUUCCAUCACCCCGCCCCAUUCUCCUGCUUUCCAUCACCUCGCCCCAUUCUCCCGCUUUCCAUCACCUCGCCCCAUUCUCCCGCUUUCCUUCACCCCGCCCCAUUUUCCCGCUUUCCAUCACCCCGCCCCAUUCUCCCGCUUUCCAUCACCCCGCCCCAUUCUCCCGCUUUCCAUCACCCCGCCCCAUUCUCCCGCUUUCCAUCACCCCACCCCAUCCUCCCGCUUUCCAUCACCCCGCCCUAUCCUCCCGCUUUCCAUCACCCCGCCCCAUCCUCCCGCUUUCCAUCACCCCGGCCCAUCCUCCCGCUUUCCAUCACCCCGCUCCAUUCUCCCGCUUUCCAUCAGCCCGCCCCAUUCUCCCGCUUUCCAUCACCCCGCCCCAUUCUCCCGCUUUCUGUCAUCCCGCCCCAUUCUCCUGCUUUCCAUCACCCCGCCCCAUUCUCCCGCUUUCCAUCACCCCACCCCGUUCUCCCGCUUUCCAUCACCUCGCCCCCUUUCCAUCAACCCGCCCCAUCCUCCCUCCUUCCAUCACCCCGCCCCAUUCUCCCGCUUUCCAUCACCCCGCUCCAACCUCCCUCCUUCCAUCACCCCGCCCCAUUCUCCCGCUUUCCGUCACCCCGCCGCAUUCUCCCUCCUUCCAUCACCCCGCCCCAUUUUCCCUCUUUCCAUCACCCCGCCCCAUUCUCCCGCUUUCCAUCACCCCGUUCCAUUCUCCCGCUUUCCAUCGCCCCGCCCCAUUCUCCCUGUUUCCAUCACCCCACACCAUUCUCCCGCUUUCCAUCACCCCGCCCUAUUCUCCCGCUUUCCAUAACUCCGCCCCAUUCUCCCGCUUUCCGUCACCCUGCCGCAUUCUCCCUCCUUCCAUCACCCCGCCCCAUUUUCCCUCUUUCCAUCACCCCGCCCCAUUCUCCCGCUUUCCAUCACCCCGUUCCAUUCUCCCGCUUUCCAUCACCCCGCCUCAUUCUCCCUGUUUCCAUCACCCCACACCAUUCUCCCGCUUUCCAUCACCCCGCCCCAUUCUCCCGCUUUCCAUAACCCCGCCCCAUUCUCCCGCUUCCUAUCACCCCGCCCCAUUCUCCCGCGUUCCAUCACCCCGCCCCAUUCUCCCUCUUCCCAUCACCCCGCUCCUUUCUCCCGCUAUCCAUCACCCCGCCUUAACCUCCCUCCUUCCAUCACCCUGCCCCAUUCUCCCUUUUUCCAUCACCCCGCCCCAUUCUCCCACUUUUAUUCACCCCGCCCCGUUCUCCCGCUUCCCAUCACCCCGCCCCGUUCUCCCGCUUUCCAUCACCCCGCCCCGUUCUCCCACUUUCCAUCACCCCGCCCCAUUCUCCCUCUUUCCAUCACCCUGCCCCAUUCUCCCGCUUCCCAUCACCCCGCCCCGUUCUCCCGCUUUCCAUCACCCCGCGCCGUUCUCCCGCUUUCCAUCACUCCGCCCCGUUCUCCCGCUUUACAUCACCCCGCCCCGUUCUCCCGCUUUCCAUCACCCCGCCCCGUUCUCCCGCUUUCCAUCACCCCGCCCCAUUCUCCCUCUUUCCAUCACCCUGCCCCAUUCUCCCGCUUCCCAUCACCCCGCCCCGUUCUCCCGCUUUCCAUCACCCCGCGCCGUUCUCCCGCUUUCCAUCACUCCGCCCCGUUCUCCCGCUUUCCAUCACCCCGCCCCGUUCUCCCGCUUUCCAUCACCCCUUUCCAUUUCGUUCCAUGUGGAAAAAUCAUCGAAUGACCUAAAUGGUAUUGCAUAUUCCGAUGGCCCAUGGUCUCCGAUUCUCCCGCUUUCCAUCACCCCUCCCCAUUCUCCCGCUUUCCAUCAUCCCGCCCCAUUCUCCCUCUUUCCAUCACCCCGCCAUUCUCCCUCUUUCUAUCACCCCGCCCCAUUCUCCCGCUUUCCAUCACCCCGCCACAUUCUCCCGCUUUCCAUCACCCCGCCCCAUUCUCCCGCUUUCCAUCACCUCGCCCCAUUGUCCCGCUUUCCAUCACCUCGCCCCAUUCUCCCGCUUUCCAUCACCCCGCCCCCUUCUCCCGCUUUCCUUCACCCCGCCCCAUUCUCCCGCUUUCCAUCACCCCGCCCCAUUCUCCCGCUUUCCAUCACCCCGCCCCAUUCUUCCGCUUUCCAUCACCCCGCCCCAUUCUCCCGCUUUCCAUCACCCCCCCCCAUCCUCCCCCUUUCCAUCACCCUGCCCCAUCCUCCCGCUUUCCAUCACCCCGCCCCAUCCUCCCGCUUUCCAUCACCCCGCCCCAUCCUCCCGCUUUCCAUCACCCCGGCCCAUCCUCCCGCUUUCCAUCACCCCGCUCCAUUCUCCCGCUUUCCAUCAGCCCGCCCCAUUCUCCCGCUUUCCAUCACCCCGCCCCAUUCUCCCGCUUUCCGUCAUCCCGCCCCAUUCUCCCGCUUUCCAUCACCCCGCCCCAUUCUCCCGCUUUCCAUCACCCCACCCCGUUCUCCCGCUUUCCAUCACCUCGCCCUGUUCUCCCGCUUUCCAUCACCCCGCCCCGUUCUCCCGCUUUCCAUCACCCCGCCCCAUUCUCCCUCUUUCCAUGACCCCGCCCCAUUCUCUCGCUUUCCAUCACCCCGCCCCAUUCUCCCGCUUUCCAUCACCCCGCCCCAUUCUCCCUCUUUCCAUCACCCCGCCCCAUUCUCCCUCUUUCCAUCACCCCACCCCAUUCUCCCGCUUUCCAUCACCCCGCCCCAUUCUCCCGCUUUCCAUCACACCGCCCCAUUCUCCCGCUUCCCAUCACCCCGCCCUAUUCUCCCGCUUUCCAUCACCCCGCCCCAUUCUCCAGCUUUCCAUCACCCCGCCCCAUUCUCCCACUUUCCAUCACCCCGCCCCAUCCUCCCUCCUUCCAUCACCCCGCCCCAUUCUCCCGCUUUCCAUCACCCCGCUCCAACCUCCCUCCUUCCAUCACCCCGAGCCAUUCUCCCGCUUUCCGUCACCCCGCCGCAUUCUCCCUCCUUCCAUCACCCCGCCCCAUUUUCCCUCUUUCCAUCACCCCGCCCAAUUCUCCCGCUUUCCAUCACCCCGUUCCAUUCUCCCGCUUUCCAUCACCCCGCCCCAUUCUCCCUGUUUCCAUCACCCCACACCAUUCUCCCGCUUUCCAUCACCCCGCCCCAUUCUCCCGCUUUCCAUAACCCCGCCCCAUUCUCCCGCUUUCCGUCACCCCGCCGCAUUCUCCCUCCUUCCAUCACCCCGCCCCAUUUUCCCUCUUUCCAUCACCCCGCCCCAUUGUCCCGCUUUCCAUCACCCCGUUCCAUUCUCCCGCUUUCCAUCACCCCGCCUCAUUCUCCCUGUUUCCAUCACCCCACACCAUUCUCCCGCUUUCCAUCACCCCGCCCCAUUCUCCCGCUUUCCAUAACCCCGCCCCAUUCUCCCGCUUCCUAUCACCCCGCCCCUUUCUCCCGCGUUCCAUCACCCCGCCCCAUUCUCCCUCUUCCCAUCACCCCGCUCCUUUCUCCCGCUUUCCAUCACCUCGCCUUAACCUCCCUCCUUCCAUCACCCUGCCCCAUUCUCCCUUUUUCCAUCACCCCGCCCCAUUCUCCCACUUUUAUUCACCCCGCCCCGUUCUCCCGCUUCCCAUCACCCCGCCCCGUUCUCCCGCUUUCCAUCACCCCGCCCCGUUCUCCCGCUUUCCAUCACCCCGCCCCAUUCUCCCUCUUUCCAUCACCCUGCCCCAUUCUCCCGCUUCCCAUCACCCCGCCCCGUUCUCCCGCUUUCCAUCACCCCGCGCCGUUCUCCCGCUUUCCAUCACUCCGCCCCGUUCUCCCGCUUUCCAUCACCCCGCCCCGUUCUCCCGCUUUCCAUCACCCCUUUCCAUUUCGUUCCAUGUGGUUCUCAAAAUUUGAGCGCCUGAACUAUCCCUGGUACGCCCAUUAUAGGUGCGCAUGCUGA